GGAGAGGGCAAGGACGCACGAGACAGUCCCGGUGCUUCUCUCUCUCUCUCUCUCUCACACACACACACAUACACUCAUACACACGCACACGCACACACAGAGACGCAUACACGCGUGCGCGCGCAUUACCGGUCCCGAAGCCGGUUGCAGGGGGGAAAAAAAGAAGAAGAAGAAGAAGAAGCAGGGGAAAAAAAAAUCUCCAGGUGCUGCUGAUUCUGAUUUUAAUUUCCACUUGAGGAGAAAAAAAGAAAGGAAUAAAAAAAAAGAGAGAGAGAGAGAGAGAGGGGAGAAAAAGAAAGCAAUGCGCGCGCUGUGGGUGAGUCUGUGCCUGUCGGUGCUGGUGCUGCUGCCGGUGCGCGCGUGCGGUCCGGGCCGCGGUUACGGCCGCCGGAAACACCCGAAAAAGCUGACCCCGCUCGCGUACAAGCAGUUCAUCCCGAACGUGGCGGAGAAAACGCUGGGCGCGAGCGGGCGCUAUGAGGGCAAGAUCACGCGCAACUCGGAGCGCUUCAAAGAGCUCACGCCCAACUACAACCCGGACAUCAUCUUCAAGGACGAGGAGAACACCGGGGCCGACCGACUCAUGACCCAGAGAUGCAAAGACAAGCUGAACUCGCUGGCGAUCUCGGUGAUGAACCAGUGGCCGGGUGUGAAACUGCGCGUGACCGAAGGAUGGGACGAAGACGGCCACCAUUUCGAAGAGUCGCUUCACUACGAAGGCCGAGCCGUGGACAUCACCACGUCCGACCGAGACAAGAGCAAAUACGGCACGCUGUCGCGCUUAGCAGUGGAGGCCGGCUUCGACUGGGUGUACUACGAGUCCAAAGCUCACAUCCACUGCUCCGUUAAAGCAGAGAACUCUGUGGCAGCGAAGUCAGGAGGCUGUUUUCCCAGCUCGGCCCGCGUUCGCCUGAAAGAUGGCGCAAUAAAGGAGGUGAAGGACCUGAAAGUGGGAGACGAGGUUUUGGCAGCGGACGAAUCCGGGAAUCUCAUCUACAGCGAGUUUAUCAUGUUUGCAGACCACGACAGCGCCAGAAGACGAGCGUUCCGCGUCAUCGAGACCAGAAACCCGCCGAUGAAGAUCGCGCUGACAGCCGCACACCUGCUCUUCAUCCUCCAGAACUCCACACUGACCGAGACAUUCGCCAGCGACAUCACACCGGGACAGGAAGUGAUGAUACUGGAUGAAGGAGGACGCCGUCUUCGUGCGGUCACGGUGGAUCGGAUUUACGAAGAAGAACGCGACGGAUCCUUCGCGCCGCUCACAAGUCACGGCACCAUCAUGGUGGACGACGUCCUCGCUUCCUGUUACGCCGCUGUACAGAACCAGAAGCUGGCGCACUUAGCGUUCACACCCCUCCGCCUUGUCCACAAGGUGGCACCGUUUUUGUUCAGCGGAUCAGCAAAUGACGGCGUUCACUGGUACUCUGAAUUUCUGUACCGAAUUGGGACACGGAUUUUAGGCGAAGCCGCUUUUCAUCCACUCAGCAUGGAGGACAAGAGCUGAAAGGCAAAAUGCCUAUAUAUGUCUAUAAAUAAAUAUAAAUAUAUCAAAGACUAAUGUAGGACACAAGACAAUAUUAGAAUAUAAAGAAAAAGAGACAAACGGGCCCCCCUUUCUGGAAGAGGAAAAAGAGGAGCGAUAUUUAUUAUUUCACAGACACCAUCUCAAAAAAAAUGGAAAAAAGAAAGAAAUGGAGCCUUAAAAGUGUCCUGAAUAAUUUAUUCAUAAGUGAACUCGGGCUGCUGAUCUCUCUCUCUCACACACACACACACACACACACACACACACAUAUAUAUAUAUAUCCAGGAUUGUGUUUCCGCAUGUGUGUGUACCCACCGGAUGUGCAGAAUCUAUUUUUGUAUACUUCAAGAACGAAAGAAAACCGAAUGAAAAACGUCCUGUGCGUCGAAGGCAUGUGCCGAUCGUUUCGCGACAACAACAAUUUCUUCACCUUUCGGCACUUUUUCCUUCUUACAGGCAUCAACAAGGGGGCGGGGCUUAACUUAAACAUUGUGUAAUUGAAGCUAGCAGCCAGGUUCGCUUACGAUCAGCCAGCUACCAUUAAGCUAACUUUAAUCGCAUCUAUUAAAGCCAGUAUUUUGUGCUAAACACGCUGAGCUAAAAAAAGAACAGAAAAACUAAUCUCAAAUUUAACUUAAGCCCCGCCCUUUUUGGACUUCAGUCAAAAUCGGUGUUCGAAUUUCUCAUUCAAAUUUCUUCACAAUAAAAUAAAAGACUUUAAAUUGCUGCCUCGUCCUAAAUAACGACAUUAUUUUUAGACGUUAUUUUAUCGGCACAUGCCUACGUGCAUCUGACUGACUGACUGACUGUUAUAUAUAUUUUUCGGGAUGGGGGGGGCCAUAAAUUAUAUUUUUCUACACAGAAUUGUAAAUUAGAUGAUUUUGACUGUUCGAUCGUUGCCGAAUCACUUGAAAUAGUGUAAAUUAUGAGAAUAUAUUUUAAUUUAAACAGUCAUAUAGAGUUUCUUCGUGGUAUUAUCCUUAAUUUUUAUUAUUAUUAUUUUUAUUUUUUCAGCAUUUUGCCUCAUGUCCAGUCUGACUUUUUUUUUUUUACCUGUUUCUCUUGUUGUUGCUCUUUUUCGGAAAACAGAACUGCACAUUUUGGACAUUUCACCCUCCUAACUGCAGAGUUACAAACUGAAUUAAUACGUAACUUGUGUAAAUUUACUAAAAUGUAUUUUCCCCCUCCAUUUUUUUUUUUUUUGUAAUAGGUGACUAGUUUUAUAGGAAUAAAAUGUAGCAGAUAUGCACAGGCUCAAUGU